GUGGAGCCACACCUGGGCAGGCUGAGCGCACCGGAGCUAUGGCAGGCUGUCCGAUCCUCCCCUCUUUAGGCUCCGCUCCCAUCGGGGGAAGUAAAUCUGCUGAGAUUCUCAUCGGGCUGCUGCUGCGCUCCACCUCCGACUGUUCCCCACUUUAAACUGUUAAUAGAUAUUUUAGGUCCAUCUUUGCCAUUUCAGCUCUGAGGAAAGCUCCGACAAACCGCUAAAUAGGAGAGGAAAGCAGUUAGUGAUCACGCUCCAUAAUGAACUGGUCGUUCCUCCAGGACCUGCUCAGCGGGGUGAACAAGUACUCCACUGCCUUUGGCAGAGUGUGGCUGUCUAUUGUGUUCCUCUUCAGGGUCAUGGUGUUUGUGGUGGCAGCUGAAAAGGUGUGGGGGGACGAGCAGAAAGACUUUAAAUGCAACACAGCUCAGCCAGGAUGCCACAAUGUUUGCUACGACCACUUCUUCCCCGUGUCCCAUGUCAGGCUGUGGGCUCUACAGCUAAUAUUUGUCACCUGCCCUUCGUUCCUGGUGGUGAUGCACGUGGCCUACAGGGAGGACAGAGAGCGGAAGAACAAGGAAAAGUACGGUGAAAAAUGCCGGCGUAUCUACCUGAACACCGGGAAGAAGCGCGGAGGCCUGUGGUGGACCUACGUCCUCACUCUGGUUUUCAAAGUAGGGGUCGAUGCUACCUUCGUCUACCUUCUCUACCACAUCUACGAAGGCUACCACUUCCCCUCGCUCAUCAAGUGCACGCAGGAUCCAUGCCCCAACACAGUGGACUGCUUCAUCUCACGGCCUACUGAGAAGAGGAUCUUCACCAUCUUCAUGGUGGUCACCAGCCUGGUCUGCAUCGUGCUCUCCAUCAUCGAGAUUGUCUACCUGGUAGGAAAACGCUGCGGGGAGGUCAUCCAUGGGGAUCAUCGCUCUAACCGCACCAUAACCAACACACUGUCCGGGAGCAGCGUGGUAGAAUCGAACGCUCUGAAGCAUGCAGGGAAAAACACACCUGAAACACCGGCACCCUCAUACAGUGUCGCAGUUUCAUGAAGAAAACGACAGCAAAGGGGUUUCAAAAGAAUGUAAAGACUGGGAAGAAGCAAAGCUGGCACUCCUUGCUCCUUUAAGAGACUCAUUGAUAUACAUCUACUUCCUCAAAGACUGAAUUUCUAAGUAGGGGUUGAGUUUCUAGACCAGGUUAUAUUUGUAAAGCUGUUGUUAUUAUGAAAUAAUGACCAUUAAUAGAAAAAAAAAACUCUAUGGUUCUUUUGAACGAAGAACAAACAGUGUCUGACUUAGCUUUGACAUCAGAAGCAUGAGUCACCCCUCGGUUUGGCAAGUUUUACCAGCACAUGUGGUUUCUAUGGGGGAGAUUUUUUCCUUAGCCUAAGCCCAACCUCAAAUGUUCAGCCUGAGUUUUCCCCUUUCAGCCAGAGCCUUAUGCUGGGCUCUUUUCAGACAUGUUGUGUCAUGAUUUACUUACUGUUUCAUACAGGGAGACGGGGGGGAACAAAUAUGUGUUUGUACUUUUAAACACAGCUGAUCAGGUUGUGCAUAUAUACAGUGCUGAUUUCUCAACUCACUUAAUAUUUGUUAAUAUUUUGUAAUAAAUAUUAUUUUAUGUUUUAAAA